CCACGUGACCGUUUUCCUGGCUCGCCUUUGUGGCACAAAUCGUGAUUUUCGAGUCUCUCUAUGGACAAUAAUGGGAGAAAACUGACAAAGACGCAUAUUUUACGAGGCUUAAACGGAUGUAUACCAUUGUUUUGUGGUGUGGUUCUUUCGCAUUUCCGGGAAGAUAGGAGACGCCGCCGUUGUUCAGUUUUUAGGACGGGUUUUGUUUAUCACGUCUCAAUUUGGUUGGUGAGUAGUUAUUGAGCCGUCGGAGAUGAGUGGUCCCGAGGUAGCGAAGACGCCGGGGGGCAGGGCGCCGGGGAAGGAAGGCAUGGAGGCUGUAGCCAAUGGCCAUGCAGGAGAGGGUGAACAGGGAGGAGACGAUCCCUUCGCUGAGUACAUGUGGAUGGAGAACGAGGAUGCGUACAACAGACAGGUUGAAGAGGAAUUGUUGGAGCAGGAGUUCUUGGAGCGUUGUUUCCAGGAGAUGUUAGAUGAGGAGGACCAGGAUUGGUUCAUCCCGGCCAGAGACCUCCCCUCAGGGAUGGGGCAGCUCCAGCAACAGCUCAACGGCUUGUCAGUCAGUGACAGAGGAAACGCAGAGGAGAUGGCGAGGAAAAGCAACUUGAACCCUGAUGCGAAGGAGUUCGUUCCGGGAGUGAAAUACUAGGAGUCCCCCUCAACCUCAGGGAGCAUGAACAUUCACGCUCACAUAACCUUGCAGAGACUCUGGCGGCCUUGACCGCAAAACACACACAGGUCCAGGGUGUGUAGGUAGAAACCUGUAAGGGGGUGGGGGAACUUAUUUUCUUUAAGAUUUUUAUUUUAUUUGUUUCAACUUGUAAUCUAAAGGACAGGGGCGGGGUAUCAGUAUCAACAGAGCCCUACAGAGGGCGCUGCUGCAUUUACAUUCGAGAAUGUAUCCCAAAUAGUACCCUAUUCCCUAUGUAGUGCACUACUUUUGACCAGGUCCCAGAUUCACAAAACAUUUCUAAACGCAAAAACUUACGAACUAGGCUGUUUUUAUUCUUAAGUGUAUUAUCUUAAGAUUUAAUGAUUUUCUUAUGAACUUCUCAAUCUUCUUAAGAUGCUUGUUGCUAGGCAACCGAUUUAGCAAGCAAUGGCAAUCAUGUUAGCAUAUUUAUUACUGUUCUAAAACUUGGGUUUAAAAUGAUCAAUACUGAAACUUUUAGAUGACGUUUGUGUGAAAUAAACAUGUUCAAUUGCUUUUUUACAUUUUUUUUUUUAGCUAUCUUGGAAUUAAGAACAUUUCCAAUGAAAUUUAUUUUCAACUUUUUACUUAGGGAGAAAAUGUGCAAUAACAUUUCCAAUAACCUUUUUGAGGAAUAGCAACUUUGCUUAACUUUCUUCUUAACUACCAUUUUGUUCCUUAAGACUUUUCGUCUUAAAUCUAUAUUUAAGGUUUUGUGAAUCUGGUCCCAGGGCCCUACCAUUGUUGGCCCAGGGCUCUACCAUUGUGGGCCCUGAUCUAAAGUAGUGCACUCCAUAAGAAAAUGGGUGCUUUUUCGGAUGCAUAUAAAGGCGUACAUAUACAGAGAAAUUGCAAACUCUUGAGAUUUUACAACUUUAUUUUUUGCUUGUCAUGGUUGCCAUGUUGGCACCUAAAAGUUCCAUGUGAAUACAACAAGCGAAUUGCAAAUGAUACCCUGUUCCACUAUAGAGUGCACUACCUAGUAAAAAUAGGGUGCCAUUUUGAGAUCUGCAUUUAUACUUUUCAUGGCGGCCUUGUUGGCGCCAGAAUGUUCCACAACGUUACCAUUCUAAUUGGAAUCCAACUACGAAUGUAAUUAUUGUUAACGAACGACGACUGGAGCCAGCGUGGACGACACGGUUGGCCGUUCUAGAUUUCUGUAACUACGUACCUCUGGUCACAAUAUGACAUUACUCUUCUGUCUCGUUUCCCGUUAUGACAUCAUCAUCAUACAGACUCACUCUGUGUAGAGCUGUUUUUAUUUCUCAUGGGCCUGGUU